GAUUUUUGUUGAAAAAAUCCUCGCCAGAUUCGUCUUUGUUCUAAACCUUUUAAGAUCUCAUAAAAAAAUUCAUCUGCAUAUAUAGUUCUUACAUUUUGUUUUCUCUUCCCGAAUAAAGUCGCAAAAGGAAAAUCCAAAAGAGCAAGAAAUGAAUCUCUAGCAAUCCAUGAUUUUAAGGAAGGGACAAUCCGUAUACUAGACUAAUCUGCAUGCGUGGUUGUGACGUUAAAAGAAUGCUAUAAUUAUAAUCGAAAACUCAUUGUUGAGCUCUGGCGAGACGAUGGAACACCCCAAAGGCAAUGAUGAAAAUGCCAGCAAUAAGAAACCAGAACCGGAUCAUCAGGAUGUUGUUGAUUCGAGUCCGAGAUAUGAAGACGCUGUGGAAUCACUAACGGAGAAAAUAAAUGACGUUAGAUCAGUACCGAAUGUUAAUAAUACUAAAACGAGGAAAUCUGUGCAUUGGAGUGAAGAUUUGGUUAUGGAAUCGGAAAUACGGUCUCCUGAUCCUCGAGAAAUGCCGUCUUCGUCAUCUCCGUUUGUUGGUGCCAAAUCGAAUCCUUAUGUCGAUUAUUCACCCGCUCCAAGCAAUUCUGCGGCCUCUGUAAUCUUCAAAAAUUCCAUGGUUAAUGUUAAAGAUGCGUUGGGGAGAUGGAGGAAGAAGGUGGGAGAAGCCUCAAAGAAGGCUGAGGAUUUAGCUGAGAAUACUUGGCAACACUUGAAAACGGCCCCAAGUCUUACUGAUGCCGCAUUGGCAAGAAUUGCACAAGGAACAAAGGUUUUAGCAGAAGGUGGUUAUGAGAAUAUUUUCCGACAAACAUUUGAGACUGCCCCUGACGAGUAUUAUCAGAAUUCUUUUGCUUGUUACUUAUCCACAUCAGCUGGUCCAAUUAUGGGAGUGUUAUAUGUUACUAGUGCAAAGCUUGCAUUUUGUAGUGAUAAUCCCCUAUCUUAUAAAGCCGAUAACAAGACUGAAUGGAGCUAUUACAAGGUGGUGGUUCCGCUACAUCAGCUUAAGGCAGUAAAUACUUCAUCAUGCAGAACUAAUACUGCAGAGAAGUAUGUACAGAUUAUAUCUGUGGAUAACCAUGAAUUCUGGUACAUGGGUUUUUUAAACUAUGAGACAGCUGUUAAGUCCCUGCAGAAUGCCCUGGAGUUCAACAAGUUUUAAUCCAUCUGAACCAAAACACCUUUCUGCUUGCCAUCAGUAAAUUUAUUUAUUUAUUUUGACUUCUAAAAUAAUUAUAGGACGGUUUUUCUGGCUACUACACGGCAUUAUCCAUGUUAUAUCUUUGGAAAAAAAAAUGUUUACAAUGAAAAGGAAUUGUAUAAUUAUGAGUAAUUUGUAGGGGUGACCU